GAAGAAGAGGUUCCCCGUUAAACCUCGUGAAGCGGGAACUGACAGCAAGCAUGGAACGGGAUCUCAGUGACCUGCCGUCUCCGGUGGUCCGAGAUGAUGAGGUGACAGUGGCGGCGCGCCGGAGGAGGAAGAAAGUGGCCUUCCCGUCACCUGGCAGCGGCAGACCCACUGUCGCCAUGGCAACCCCUGCCCGAUCCCUGAGAAAUACCCCCGCCUCACUAUACAGACAGGCCGUAACUCCACGGAUUCAGGAUGUUUCCUCCAUUUUGGCUCCAGGAGGUCGAACACCUCGAUUCGUUCACACACCCAGAAACACACUUGGCAGUUUGAACUUGGAUGACAGUGACUGGACCACAUCUCCUGUUUCCGGUUUGGAGAACACCAGCUUCUUCCGCGACGACACAACCAACCUGAGCUCAGCCCUGCUGAAGGAGGACGACCCAGGAGAGUCCUCCGCCGCCAGUCUUUUCCCAGAAUUCCUUGGGUCCUUCCUGAAGCACUCGUCAUCUGCAGUGUUUGACCUGCUGGAGGAUUAUCAGGCUCUCUGUCAAGACAAGGUGGACGUUCUCCAGUCGGUGGUUCUCAGAGCCGGUCAGAGCAGUCGAACCGCUGGAGUUUGUUGGCUUCUGCAGCAGGAGAACAGCACCUGGAGACUCGUCGCCUCCCUCUACAGGGACCGGGUCCAGUCGGCGCUGGAGGACGACCUCAUGGUGGACGCGGUGGUUCCCAGUGAGAGCGAGAAGGUGGUGGUGGAGCAGCUUUUCCAGAGGGACUCCGUUAUCCGACAGAGUCAGCUGGUUGUUGAUUGGCUGGAGAGCAUCGCCAAGGACCAGAUUGGGAAUUUCUCUGACAAUAUCGAGUACUACGCCAAAAACGUGUGCUGGGAGAACACACUCAACGCACUGAUGAUGAGGAGGAAGAGCGGCACCACCUUCACCGUUCCUCUGGUCACUGAGCUGGACCCAGACGCUCCUCUCAGACAGCAGCGGCCUCUCGCUGACCUGGACCGAGAGGACGACGCCCGGCUGCUGAAGAACCUGUUCACGCUGAUCCGAGCCGGGAUGAUCGACGAGGCUCAGAGGCUGUGCAAACGCUGUGGUCAGUCCUGGAGAGCAGCCACUCUGGAAGGAUGGAAACUGUACCAUGACCCCAACAUGACCUCAGGAAGCCUGGAGCUGCAGCCAGUGGAAGGAAACCCUCAGAGGGGCAUCUGGAAGGUCUGCUGCUGGAGGAUGGCUGAGGAGGAGCAGCUCAACAGAUACGAGAGAGCCAUCUACGGCAGCCUCAGCGGAAACCUCAAACCGCUGCUGGCAGUGUGUGAGUCGUGGGAGGACAGUGUGUGGGCGUACUUCAGAGUGAUGGUGGACUCUCUGGUGGAGAAGGAGCUGAUGUCUUCAGGGAUGGCUCACCAGGAGGUGGAGACGCUGCCUCGAGAAUACCUGGAGGCAAAUUGGACCAUGGAGACGGUGUUUGAGGAGCUCCAGGCUUCAGAGUCGAAGAAAGUGUUAGAGGAGGCCAAGGAGCAUUACCACGUCAUCCAGAGGUUUGUCGUCCUGGGAGAUCUCGAUGGUUUGUUGGAGGAGUUUUCUGAUUGGCUGACGGACUCUAAGCCCCUCCCCUCCCACCUGCUGCGUUUCAUGACCCACCUGGUGCUGUUCUUCCGCUCUCUGGGCUUGGCGCUGAAGGAGGAGGUGUGUGUGGACGUGGUGAAGGCCUACGUCUCCCUGCUGAUCCGGGACCAGCAGACUGACCUCGUGGCGAGCUACGUGGGCCAGCUCCCCUCGGAGCUCGCCACCGCUCAGUAUGCCGCCUUCUUGGAGACCGUCAGUCAGCCGGAGCUCCGCCCACACUGCCUGCAGCUCGCCACCGAAGCCGGCUUGGAUGUUUCUGCCAUCACUAAGCUGGUGGUGGAGACGGUGCGAGAGAGAGACGAGAGCCAGUUCAUGCACCACAGCCAGACGCUGGAAACAGGAACCACAAAGGAGGACCAGGGGAAGAUCGACAUCAUCGACUGGCUGCUGUUUGACCCCGCCCACCGAGCCGAGGCCCUGAAGCAGUCCAACGCCAUCAUGAGGAAGUUUCUGGCUCUGCAGAAACACGACGCAGCCAAGGCGGUUUUCUCUAAAGUCCCCGAGGACUCCAUGAGGGCGAUUUACUGCCAGUGGUCCAGCGUGGGGCAGACCGCCCCCCUGCCUGCGGAGGACGAGAACGCCAUCAGGGAGCACCUGUGCAUCAGAGCCUACCUGGAAGCCCACGAGGCGUUCACUGACUGGUUCAGCCACAGCAGCUCUGCUCCUCAAAAACCGGCGCCGGUCUCUGAGGCCAAAUUCACUGAGCGGGUGGCCAAUGAGAUGAGAGAGAAGGAGUACCAGACGGCGCUGUCGGCCUGGUCGUCCCGCCUGGACGCCCUGACCGAAGACGUGAAGGAGCGGAUCUACAACGUGCUGCUGUUCGUGGACGGAGGCUGGAUGGUGGACAGCAGACAGGACUGUGAGCAAGACUGCGAGCGCAGCUUCCAGAUGAAGUCGCUGCGCUCUCUGUGUCUGCCUCGACUCAGCUUCCUGCUGCUCAGCGUGCUGCAGAGCUCCAGCCGCCACCAGGAGGCGCUGCGACUGGCCGACAUCCUGUCUUCAGACCAGCACCACCUCUACCAGGUCUUCUCUAAAGACGAGCUGAGGCGACUCCUGCAGAAGUUGAGGGAAUCAUCUGUGGCUCUGCUGGACCGAGGCCUCGACCCGCUGGGAUACGAGUUGCAGCCAUGAACACACACAUACACACACACACUCGUCUUUUUUCUGUUUAUUUGCUAAAUAAAAGAAUUUCCAUCAGG